ACGGACGGAAAAAGAUGGGGGUGAAGAGUGGAGAUGCGUAUCGCUGGGCUUUUGCUUCUCUUGAAGCUGCACAGUGAUGGCUUCAUGUAUCUGGGCCUGAACUUCGAUUCUUCCACCACAAGUCAUGGUUCGAGAGUCAUCGUCGUCAACUUUCUUUUGCGCGAUCUCUGAGUCACCAAUAUCCCCCUCAUUGAUCUCUCGAAGAUUUUCCAUCGAGACCCAUCCUGAACUUUGACAGAAUUUGCCCCCCAAUUUCAGUUGCUGCAUCCCUCGACCUAACGGCCGCCAUAGAAGGAACAACAAAAUCCUCUCUUUCUAUCGCCUCGCACUCUCAGCUUCAGCGACCUAGGCUAGGUGGCACAUCAUGGGUAGCUCCAAAAGCGGCUUCAACGACGAUUCCGCCAGCGAAUCCUACGGUGGCGCCGCCGCCACGGAGAGCGACACGGAAGCCGACCGGGACGACGAGUGCCCGCCUUCCCUCGAAUCGAGCCCUUACGCUGAAGAGGAAAAGGUCCUCGCUUUCCAUAGCCUUCACAUUUACGAGGCCAAGGUCAAAAAAAUUGAAUAUCGACUCAAGGAAUGGAGAUACUAUGUUCAUUACCUAGGUUGGAGCAAAAAUUGGGAUGAGUGGGUCGGCGUGGAUCGACUGAUGAAAUACACCGAUGAGAACCUUCAGAAACAGCGGGAGCUCAAUAAUAAACAAGAUGCGGAGAAAACUACAAAACCCAGCCGUGCAUAUUAUGCUAAACCGAAGGGCUCGAAUGUGCCAAGAGGCAAGAAGCGAAAGAAUGAUUCUAUUCUGAAGGAGAAGGGUGCUCUACCCUUGGAGAAGCUUGUGAAUAUACAGAUUCCACCAACACUGAAGAAGCAACUCAUCGAUGAUUGCGAAUUUGUCACUCAUCUGGGCAAGCUGGUCAGACUUCCACGUACGCCAAGUGUUGAUGACAUUUUGAAGAAGUAUCUUGAUUAUAGAUUAAAGAAAGAUGGAAUGAUGGCGGAUUCUGUGGGAGAAAUAAUGAAAGGCCUGCGCUGUUACUUUGAUAAAGCCCUGCCGGUGAUGCUCUUGUACAAAAGCGAGCGUCAACAGUACGAGGAAACAGUUGCUGAUGACAUCGAUCCUUCAACUAUUUAUGGUGCAGAACAUCUUCUACGCCUCUUCGUCAAGUUGCCCGAGCUGUUGGUCUAUGCAAAUAUCGAAGAGGAGACGCUCAGAGAGUUGCAGCAGAAAUUAAAUGACUUUCUAAAGUUCCUGCAGAAAAACCAGAGUUUGUUUUUCCUAUCAGCGUACCAUGCUCGAGAAGAGAUCGAAACCAGCACAAACAAUUUAGUGGGCUGAUUGGAUCAGUUGCGGCAAUUGCAUGUACAUACUAACAUAUAUAUAUGUAUGUGUAUAGAUA